AACGGGCUCAGUUCGUAAAGGAGCCAGGCGACUUCAGAGGCGCCGGCCCGUCCGCCUGCCGCACCUGAGCGCGGCCCCAGCCCGAGCCCAGCCGGCCGCGAUGCUCUAGGGACCGGCCGCGUCCUCCCGCCGGACCGUUAUCCGCGCCGGGCGCCCGUCGGACCCGCCGGCAAGAUGCCGCGCUCUUUCCUGGUCAAGAAGCAUUUCAACGCCUCCAAAAAGCCUAACUACAGCGAACUGGACACACACACAGUGAUUAUUUCCCCAUAUCUCUAUGAGAGUUACCCCAUGCCUGUCAUACCACAACCAGAGAUCCUCAGCUCGGGAGCAUACAGCCCCAUUACCGUGUGGACUACGGCAGCUCCAUUCCACUCCCCACUUCCCAAUGGCCUCUCUCCUCUUUCUGGAUACCCCUCAUCCUUGGGGCGAGUGAGUCCCCCUCCUCCAUCUGACACCUCGUCCAAGGACCACAGUGGCUCAGAAAGCCCCAUUAGUGAUGAAGAGGAAAGACUACAAUCCAAGCUUUCAGACCCCCAUGCCAUUGAAGCUGAAAAGUUUCAGUGCAAUUUAUGCAAUAAAACCUAUUCAACUUUUUCUGGGCUGGCCAAACAUAAGCAGUUGCACUGUGACGCCCAGUCUAGGAAAUCUUUCAGCUGUAAAUACUGUGACAAGGAAUAUGUGAGCCUGGGCGCCCUUAAGAUGCACAUUCGGACCCACACUUUACCUUGUGUCUGCAAGAUCUGUGGCAAGGCGUUUUCCAGACCCUGGUUACUUCAAGGACACAUUAGAACUCACACUGGGGAGAAGCCUUUUUCUUGCCCUCACUGCAACAGAGCAUUUGCAGACAGGUCAAAUCUGAGGGCUCAUCUGCAGACCCACUCGGAUGUAAAGAAAUACCAGUGCAAAAACUGCUCCAAAACCUUCUCCAGAAUGUCUCUUCUGCACAAACAUGAGGAAUCUGGCUGCUGUGUAGCACACUGAGUUACGCAAUCAAUGUUUACUCGAACAGAAUGCAUUUCUUCACUCCGACUCCAAAUGACAAAUAAAAGUCCAAAGGCAUUUUCUCUUGUGCUUACCAACCAAAUAACGUGUAUAGACACACAGACACACACG